GUGGGCGGUCUUUGGGGAUCGCAGGCGGGAGCUCCAAGAAGUGGCGUAGGCUAUCUCUUCUUCCACGGCAUUUCAGCCGAGGAGAGGGAGCUCAAGGGGCGACUCCAGGCGAACAGCUCCGGGAGCGGCGAGUUGGGGAGGGCGUUAUCUGCUGCCAUCGUCGUAACAGCUCAUCUGUAGCUGGGCGCGCGGAGACAAGAGCAAGGUGAGACGAAAGUCGAAGACGAAGAGGGUCACGCACAGGGUUUUCCAGUCCGUGUCUACGAUGGCGGCGAUGGUGGUCCUGCUGUUGCUGGGGCUUCUCCAGCUUGCCGUUCCUGGACUUGCUCAAAGUCCACCACCUGGUACGGUAACGAUGGAAAGCUUCACCUAUUCUGGCUCUGGCUGUCCGCCCGGAAGUUUCCUAGGCGCAGUCUCCUCCGACGGAAUGACGUUCACUGGACUUUUAAACAAUCACACGGCGUUCACCCCAGGAAGUCCAGAUGACCAGGUGAAGAAAUGCCAGGUGGCCGUCAGGCUGACCUAUCCUACUGGGUUCGUGUUUGCUCUGGAGACGGUGACAUUCCAAGGGUACGCUCAAUUCCAGGAAGGGGUCCAGUGCUCACUGGAAGCCGGGAGCUUCUUCUCAGGUAUCCCUGGGACAGUCAGAACCUUGCGCUAUUUGCCACCUCCCGUCGACGACAACUUUCAGUUCACGGACGCGUUCGCUACCUUUCUCUACGCACCGUGUGGCAGUGACUCGAUGACGCUCAAUGUCUAUUCCGAGGUUAGAGUAGUGCCUCCACCCCCGCCGAGGAAUUUCAGCUCGGGCUUCAUCGACAUCGCCUCCCAGGAUUUUCAUCUGCGCUGGAAGACGUGCUGAAGGGAAUACUCGUAUUAAAGCGUUUCUGGAGCAUCUGGCGGCAAAUGCAGCCAGAUCCAGUUCAGAAAGUAGUAAUGUGAGCAUGGCCUAAGAUGAUUUAGCCAGGCGUCAACAACAGGGGGGGGGCCGGUCGUUCGACAUCAGCAAGCUACUUGGAGAGGAGCAGAAUGAGCGACCGGGAGGGGCUCAGCUUGGAGAGAUUAGUGGAUUAAUCUAUCGGUCCGCAGCUGCAUGGUAUUGUCCGGGGCGCGUCACUGAGCGUGGUCAGCUAAGAACUGGCGACAUCACCGACGCAGGCGAUCGGAGGUGUGUAUGUACAACAGCACUUUGCUGAUGGAGCUCAAUAGGAAGCCUACUCAGUUGUGGAACUGGUCACUCAACGAUCAUUAUAAUUAUGUAUAUAGAGUACGUAUUUAAUGUCUGGCAGGCGAGCGAGUUUCCACGUCAUGUAAUUUCUAAACCUGGAAAAGAAUACGCUGGCAUCUACGACUUCCGGUGCUCGGGAACACCCCAAGCCGAGUGCGAGAACUGUUGGGUAAAGAUGAAGUAGACGGGCGUAGCGAGCAACAAGGCAGGCUACUUGUCUCUCUCUCUCUCUCUCUCUCUCUCUCUCUCUCUCUCUCUCUCUCUCNCUCUCUCUCUCUCUCUCUCUCUCUCUCUCUCUCUCUCUCUCUCUCUCUUUUUUUUGUUCGCUAGCGGGCUUGCUCGUUCGCUUGCCCCAUGAGUUUGUGUGUGACGCACAAUUUCAGAAUGUGGCCACAAGAGUAUCUCGACCGCGGAGGCACGAAGUGCGAUAUUAGCGUGAAUAUGAUCUCUUCUCGUACAGAAGAAUCGUCUUUUCCAAUGAAUUCCUGCAUAUGUU